AUGAGCGAUCCAUUGGUUCAACAGCAAGAGACAGGCACGAUGACAACUGAUCGCACAGGCAACAAGGAACGCACUCACGCCGCCAAAGACGGUGAAUCGCACGCUUCUCACGACACGGCAUCGGCGCCCGAUCACUCAAACAGGGAGCUACCCGAGGGAGAAGUUCUUGAGGGGAAGGAAACGCAAACAGCGGAGGCUGAAAACCGUAACAAAAACGGGCAGGAAAGGGAUGACAAGAAGGUAUCUUCCUCUCGGAUUAUUAUCGUAACACUUCAUAUCCGCAACGGCGGCGUCAUGCGAAGGCCGCUGGAUUUCGUCCUCAACGCAUAUAAAAGCCAUGCUAAAAAGUUACGGCGAGUCCGUUUGGCAGUGUUUUGGUUUUUGAAUUUUUGAUAGUUCGCGUUCGCGAUGAGCUUCAUGAAUAAUGAAAUCUUGCCGAUGAUUGUAGGUUUAUAUGAUCGCGUGUUACGUUCUUUGGAUUGCCGCGAAUUCCCGCAUUCCCGCGUUUUCGGUGUCAAUUCUGUACACAUCUUUGUAAUCGAGAAUUCCUAACCUGGUUUGCGAAUUUGAGCGCCGUAGAUUUAUUGCGCGUAUUUAGAUCGAUUCUACAGUGAUACGGUAUUGUUAGUGAGAUUCUUUUGUGUGCAGCAAACAUACGCUGAAAGCUCAUUUCUCGAGUCACAGUUACUGAUGCGGAACUGCGAGCAUUGUAAACACGUCGCGCAAAUCGCGUGUCCUUCGCUUUUGAUAAAAAAAAAAAAAAGGCCCUGAUUGCAACACAGAAUCGUAAAUUACACUGCAAAAACUUUACAACGCUCGGAAGCUAAUACGCUGUUGGUUUAUAUCUCUCAUCGCGCUAGGAAAGUAUAGCGAAGUACUAAACGACCAAUCUCACAGUUUAGUCUUAGCUGGAGUAGGCUUUUUCUUUAUUGUGCGACAGAGACCCGUUUCUUAAUAGCGAUCGCCUGAUUUCGCCAUUGUAGCCUCGCUCCAGGUCGACUUAUUGUCGAGCGUGAGUUAAAUAUUUAGCACGAUGAAAAUGAAAAUAAACUCAGCUUUAAUACAACUUUUGUAUGCAGGAAAAGGCGAUUAUAAAUUGUCGAAGUCAGUGAAUCUAUUUCGUUCUCAUGUGGCGACGGCAAUUUUACUACGGCAUAUACGGCAAGGCUCGUUCGCGGCAGCCAUCGCCAUUUCUCUCUGUCACUGAUUUUGAUCAAUGUACAGAAACUAUUAAGGCAUGUUUCAGAAACAAAUUCUCGUGCUCGGUUUUUACAUGAGACGUAUUCGCAAGCUGUCCUCACAACAAAAAUUGAUACCCUUGACGGACCGCUAGCCGGUGAAGGAGCCGUGAACUCAUUUAUCUGACGGAAGCCGAUGCAAGUCUUGCGACGAUAAAAAAAAAAAAAAAAAGUUGUGCGUGACUAUCUCGGGAGGCCAUCAACGAGAUGUUCAUAAAUGCUAAUUUACAUUCUGAUCGUAGCUACUGUAGUUUUUGAUGGAAAUUUCACUUUAACAGUCGAAUAACAUUUCGGCUUUGUAAGUGUGUUUCAAGGAAUUUUGCGUUUUUGAACUUCGCUGGAGUCGUGUGAUUGAGCUUAUUAAGACAGUUAUUUACAGAAGCAGCAUCUACGAUGUGCACGAACUAAUUGACUGCAAAUUGCGCUCAAAGCUUCCAUGAUGUAUGUACAACUCACUUUGUCAAUAAGACAUCGGAAGCUCUCUGUAGUCACGGGAACUUCUGUUUGCAAACGAAUCGCAUCGAAAAAGAAUCUCGCCGCGUUUUUCAACUAAAAAGUCGUAAACUGUACGUGCGUUUUUCUCUUAAAACUUUUUCAGAAAGCCACUUCAAAGGUUUUUUUAUAUGACGGUCAAAUUGGGCUUCUUUUAGAUUAUAACAGUAAUAUUAAGUAUUUUGAAAAGAUUUUCUAUAAGCUGUAGCUGAAUAUAUGUAUGUCCUUCAUUCAUUCAACACGCGAUCCUCAUAGAGGUAUUUCAAGUUUCACAUUUGGUUUUUCAGACUUUUUUUUGAGUUCCACUGCUCCAGACUUUUCAAAGUAGUUGAGAACACGCGCAUUAUUUUGUGCAAAUGUUUUUACCCAAAAAUACUCCCUUCUAACUCGCUACUGGAACCAAGGUCUCAAGGGCAAAACGCUUUCUUUUACAAGAGAGUUUAGUCUACCUUAAUGCUAUUUAAUAAAUCACAAACUCAGUACAAACUAAUUAUCAAUAACCACCUUAAAGUUAUCUGUUCUUGUUUCAUGUUUCGUGCUAAGUUCACGAAAAUUACAACCUUCGUUCAGUGUUAUAAGGGUGACUUUUAGCGCUAAAGUUUCGCACUGCUUGAGCGAAGAUAAAGCUCUAAAAUCGGCGCGUUCAAAGAGUAGGCCUUUGAAAAGAGCAUGCUCUAAGAUAUAUAGGUUUUCUUUGGAUUUGGCUGGUCUUUUUAUAAUUGAUUUUUUGAAAACGCGAGAUUAAUGCAAAUGAAUUCAAUAAAUAUAGCUGAAAUGUUUGAGCUUGUACACGAAAAUUGAAAUGUUACUAUUGAAAUGAAAGUUGUUGAACAGUGAUUCGAACAGCGAUCCCAGCUCGUGCUCCUUUCGUUUUUUCACAAAAGGAGCGCGUUUGUUUCCUUUGAAGAUGUCCGUCAUUUCUACUUCUGUUUUACUUCGAUCUGAUGUAUUUUAGAUGACAAGGCCGCCUUCAAGUUCCUCGGUCUCGUGGUUCUGUGUUUGUUUAGUAAAUGAAGUUAUCUCACGUUGAUGGUCCAUUGGCUUACUCUGUUAAAAAAGGUUCAAUAGUAAUGUUCCCAAACAAGUGUUGUUUUUUUUAGAAUAUUACGAUAAAGUAUUUCCACCAGCAUAUUUCUGUCUUCGACUGUUUUAUAUAAUUGUUAUGGAUAAACGACAUCAGACUUGAGAGUUGUUACUUUUUUACAUAAUAACAGUGCACGGGAAAAUCGACCUUACAAUUUCAAAAAAUUAGGAAGCUCGGUACAUGCAGAGAAUAAAAAAAAAGUUCAAAAGGAACAUUUUACCAUCUUAGCUUGGGCAGUGUAAACAUCAUUAAAAGCUUAUAGCAUUUGUUUCCAUAUUUAUGUUGAACUUUUCACUUAAAAGUCGAUAUCAUAUUUAAGCACUUAUUUGGAAUGUUUAAAUUCAUGUUAUGUUACAAAAAGAAACAACCAUAUGAAUGACAAACCAAUCCUGAUGUUAUUCAAUCAGUGUUUUUCAAAUGGAAAUAAGUCAAAUUUAUUCUUAACAGUCAUCUCCUUCCAGUAGUUUUUAAUGUCUGUUUACUUGUUAUUUUGGUGAAUGUGUUAGCGGUCAAUUUGAUGCCAUCUUUUGAAAUUAAAACUACUUGUUUAGCAUUUGCAUGUUUUCUGUUUUUAGUUGAUGUUCCCAAAGUUGUUAAAGUUUGUUCUGAAAAGAAAAAUCUAAUCCCACAACAUUGCCUUCACCUUGAGAAAAAUUAGCAAAGUUUCCUUUUGCCCUUCCAGGAAGAGAAGUCAAAAUGUUAGGAAAAACUCCAAAUUCCACUUAAUUAAAUAUAGAAAAAACACCAAAAAAUAGUAAAAUUAUGGGUUAGUAUCAUAAUAUGAAAGAAAUGCUAGUCGAGAGUGGUUUCAUUGAAAUGGUCACACCGUAGGAUUUCAUCCAGAGACUCAAAUGUUAGAAUUUCAUACUAAUAGUACCAUGUGAAACUACUACUGAAGAUGUUUCAUUUGAAGGGUCGCACCAUACGAUUUCAUCAAUUUAGACUCAAAAGUUAAAACUACAUACUAAACAUACCGUAAAAUUACGAAAAUAAGCCCCGGGGCUUGUAUUUUUCAAAGACCCUUUUUGAGGGGCUUAUAUUCGAAGGGGCUUAUCUACGGAGGGAAGUUUGCGUUUCAAAAUCGAUUUGGCUAGCCUUAUAGUUGGAAGUAAAUUUACUGUUUUUGCUUUGUUUUACUUUGUAAUUGAGGGCAAUUUUCCAAGUACAAGCCCCGGGGGGGCUAAUAUUUGGAGGGGCGAUUUAACGGAGGGUUUUUUGCGUUACCGGUUUGGGGGGGCUUAUAUUUGGAGGGGCUUAUACAUGGAGGGGCUUAUUUUCGGAAUUUUACGAAAUAGUACCUAAGUACUACUGAAGAGGUUGAAGGGUCACACCCUAGUACUUUAUCCACAAACUCACAUGGUAGAACUACAUACUAAAUAAAUAGUACCGUGUGAAAGUACUGUUGAACAAGUUUUAUUUUAAGGUCUCAUCCACAGACUCUAGAACACCUCACAUUCUUGACGGUGAUGCUUAACUAUCUUUUUUUAAAACUUAAAGGAAUACAUUACUGAGAGUUGAUAAAUGGUUGGGAUUAUAAGAACAAAUAAUGAUAUUCCUUGAUUUCUUUUGUGUUAAAUUUUGUAGGGUUCAAUGAGACAACAACAGCAGAAUCAGAACAGGAAGAAGCAGCCUGCUAACCUUCCAAAAAUGGUCAGUGUCAAACUGAAAGUUGAUUUUUAUCUUUUAGUUAAUGUUUUGUUUUAAAGUUAAGAAGUUAGAACUGUCUUGUUCCGAAGUGGCCAAAAUAUCAAUUUCUUCACUGUUUUUGUCCUUUUUUAAUCUUCAUCCUUUUCUUUUCUUUCUUUUUUUUUAAUGCUUCAGUUUUUUGGGAUGCUGUUUAUAUGAAAUGAGGCAAUUUCUUCAGUGUUUUUUUUUACUGCUCUAAUUUUUGGAAUGCUGUUUAUAUGACUUCAGCCAUCCUGGCCUUAUAGUGAUGCAGUGGUGAGAUCACUUCCCCAGUCCCACCCACUUUAAAUGUGGACUGUGUUCUAAUCCCAAAUGUGAUGUCAUACACUCCAGUUUUUCGGCCCAGGAAAUGUAGACAAAUAAUAACCACUGGGUGGAUGAGCUACCUCUUAAUCAUUUUUUUAAAAUGAUUAUUUUAUUUAAUUACUAAUUUUAAUCUACAGCUGUAAAGGAACAAUGUUAGGUUGCUAUAGGUUCCCUCUCUCUUUCAUGUACAAGUAUUUUGUUAAUGUAUAAUGCUUCCCACAUUGAGCUUCGAUUUAUGAAUUUAAUAAUUAAAAUCUAUAAUUAAUAAAAAAUUAUAUUUCCUUGAAUAAACAGAUUAAUAAUACUUAAUAAUAACAAUUAAAUAAUUUAAAAUUAAAUGAGGUAAUUUUUUUAACUAGUGUAUCAAUUUAAUGGGGUAGGGCAUAGACAAAGGCUGGUUACUCUGAAUAACAGACCACUAUGCCUUUUUUAAAUCUAGAUACUGACAGCUUUCAUUUAAGGAAGGGUGGUAAUAAAAUAUUAGUGAUCUGGUAUGAGCAAGUUGAUUGGGCGUUGACUGGAGGCAGCGUGGCAGAGCCAUUAGAGCACUGGACUUGCAAUUCGGAGGCCCCGAGAUCAAGUCCCACCCUAACCGCUAGCUGGAUUUGUUCAAGGUAGUCCCAGUUCAAAUCCUUGAUCAUGCUUGUAAAUAGCCAGCUGGUUUGCCUCUGGCCAUUUGGGAUUCUUAACCCUGUUAUGUUUGAUUAUAUUUUAAUUAUUUGAUUCAGUCAUUUGCUCAGCCCCACUAGCAUAAGUGCUAUAAAUACUCCCAAGGGUAAACAAAGGAAUUAUUAUUAUUAUUAUUAUUAUUAUUAUUAUUAUUACUAUUGUACUUAUUAAUUUUUCAAUUUGAAUUGCAGCAGCAGCAACAAAAAACUUACCCGAGUGGACGAAACAUUCGCUCUAGUCCAGCUGGAACGUGGCAACCAUACCCUUCAUGGCCCAUGGGAUUCACAUCACCGCGCUUUGCACCGACUACCGCAAUAUAUGGCUAUGCACACCCAGGGGUAAGAGCUGCUGGCAAGACAGUAAAACAAGAAGGAACCUACAAUCUUGGUCAUAAUAGUUUGCUGAAAUGAUGGCAGAUUUUUUCACCCCUUUCCCUUGAAUGUUGAUUUACACAUGGUAUACAGCUGUAUAUGCCCAAGCAAACCUGUCAAAAACAAUAUUAGGGGAAGGAUUUGAGAGCCGUAUACAUCCUCUUCUAUCUCUUUCUAGUAGUGCCCCUAAGUUUUUAUUUUAGAAAUUAUGCAACAAACACCAAGUUGGUCUCCUUUCUCAGGGCUUGAAAAAAAAACUCGAAUGCCAGCUUGUCCUUUGGGCAAGCAGCUCUUACAUUUUGCUUGUCCAGGGCCACUUCUUGCUCAUCGUAGGGCACUUUCCAUUGGUCAGAACUGGACAGGCGGACCAUUGUUGGACGAGUCAGUUAGCAAAUGAAAUUAGCUUUUUCCAAGGGUUUUUGCAGAAAAAUCAUCUCCUUCCUGCACACUACAGUGUAUUUAGGAUUUGACUGAUCUGGCUGGAUAGUUUUGAUUAAUAGUGAAAUUCUCAUUACAAUGGGAAGGAUCUGGCCGGUCAGUUCUGACAAAUGGAAAUUAACACCUGUAGUUAAAGAUUUUGUUACAGGAUGACUUGCUUGGACACAUCUACUUGUCUUGGACUACCAGAUGGGACUAUUUUCGAGCCCCACCCUUGAUACAUGGGUGAAGUGAAGUGGUACUGUUGACCCAGGCUUAAAUUGUAACCAGGGCUCCAGUUUCUUUAGUUUAAAAGCAUUUUUUCAUUUUAGCUAAGGCAUCUGAAAAACCUGAACUGGUUUGUUCAAAGCUAGGUUAAGUUAACUCAGGGUUAAUAUGAAACUUAAUUUCAGAGAUCUAAAAGCUUGAAAAUUUGAUGAUGGGAUGUGCUAAAAAGAAUAGAGAAAUUCAUCUCAGAAGGUGUGCGUUUAAACAAAAGAAAAAGAGACCCGGAUUAAAAUUUAACCCAGGGUUAGUGUCAAUGGGCCUCCAAACAAGUGGUCCCUGGGGUCUUGAUAGACAAGAAAGGGUGUACGACAAGGGAAACUUCUUUGUGUUACACUGCCACCAAGCUGAAAUUGCAGUUUGGGUCUGGCUUAUGUAAGGGUAAAUAUAGCAUUCUUCAUCACAUGUGGUGGUUCACAUACACUUGUUUGUUUUUAUUGCUACUGCUCACCUUUCCCAGUGUGUCGUAUCUGUACUGUGUACAUUGUUUGAGUGCCAGUGGUUGGGUUGUAGACCCAAACAGGAAAUUGAGGUGAAGAAGGUAAUCUCAUAAUCUUCUCUCUGAAUGACAAGCAUCCUCCAGCUUGUCCUAAGCCGUAGUUUAAGACUUGUAUCAGCUUCCACACUUAGAGCCAUAACCAUGGAGUAACACGGGAAUGGGAAUUCAAUGAAUGCCAUGCAUGUUUCUUCCAUCAAUAUCUAACUUGCAAACAGUAGUUAGUAUGUGUUAAUGUGAGAACAGUGAAAUGCAUAAACGACAAAAUUAAUAAUCCCUCCCCUUGGCUGCUAGACCUGUAUUAAGUAAAUGUAGAUCUGGUGAGUCUAGUAUCUAAAUUCCAAUUAAAAGGACAGGAGGGUGCAGUCUAUUCUCCAAGCUGAUGAGUUGGCCUUUUCCCUUUUAUGUCAGUAACCCCUUCCUGGUGUCCCUCCCUUCCCUUGGGGCAAUUUCUGUUUGGUGUCCUGAUUUAAUUCCUUCACCCAGAGGAAAAAAAAAUAGUAGACUACAUGCCAGGGAGUUCUCAUUUUGGAUGGUCACACCACAGGAUUUCAGGCACAACUUUCAAUAUUUUGAGUUACUGAUUCUUGUGUUCAUAAUUGACACUGGGAAGGAAUUUCUCUCUGAAGGUAUUUCUUGACUGCUUGCCAAACAGAAUGAAUUGUCAAUGUCUGAAUGAAUGCCAAAAGGUGAAAGGGGUGUUCAGCUAGUGGAGGUAAUCCCAUUGAAUUUUGAAACUGUUUUUUUUUUUCUGUCUAAGGAUUUUUGGUUGACAAGGGAUAAGAGCAGAGAGUUUGUGAUGGAGGAACAAAGUUGUCAGCAAAAUAUUUUUGUCUCACCAUGCUGAGUUAAAGGAUCGGACUGCCCAACAUCACGUGCAAUUGAUAUCGUGAUGUAAGAAGGCAGGGGUGGCUAAUCUUAUGACCCUGUUGUAUCUAAAUAGAGGGGACUGAUACAUAUUUAGCAAAAAAAUCAAGUAGCCUUUGUGAGUGUGCAGAGUGACACAGUGGAGCUUUUAUUGUGUCUGUUUUUCUGUUUCCUGCAUGUAGGUAGUAUUCAAAACAAUAACAUACUUGCCAUUAGCAGUUAUCAGCUUAAUUAACUUUAGUUUGACAUUGAGCAACCACCUGUGAUCAUUCAGAUGGUAAUUUUGGGAAAAUAAUAUGAGCUGGCAAUUAUCCUGAACUAGGCAAUGAGCCAUUAAUGGACAAACAUAAGAGAGCUGUCACUUUUGAGCAUGAAGAGCAAACAUUCAAAUAAAAACCUCCCAAAGGAAAGUAGAGUGAUCAUCGUGUCAAAUACUUGCAUAGGACUAGCUUAAGCAGGAUUCUGCAAGGUACUACCUAUUAUGCUAGCUAAGAGUGAUCAUGAUGUAGGCAUAAACCAUUGGCUCUAAGACAUUUGUGAUCGCAUUGGUAAACUCAUCUUGGUCGCACUCAUCACCUUGGGCGCUUUUCAUGUAACAAAAAUUCUGGUUAAAAAUUUCAGAAAUUUUAUGUGCCCAUGCAAUGGAGUACAGACCCGACCCAAGCCACCGCGAGUUCGGUUAUUGAUCUUGUAAGCAGGAGACAAAAGAGCGGUACUGAGGGCAGCAAUUUGGUCAAAUGGAAAGGGGCACUUCCCGUCCCACUGACCAAGAUAACCUAACCAGACAAAGUGGACCAACUUCAAAGGUGGUUUUGAGUAUUCCGGUAGGACCAAACCAUUUGGUCCAUUGGUCCAUUCCACUUGAUGUACCAAUUGAAAUUUCCAGAAUUUUGGGUUGAAUAGAAAGUGCCCCUUGUCUCAGUUAAUAAUUCUGUCAUUGUUUGACAUUAUGUGGGGGCCUGGAGGGUACUUUAGGAAUCUCUUGGUGGGGAUGUGCCGCUGGGACCCUGUAACCCUUAACCUAUACUAGAGCUAGUUCAGCUGAAUUUUGCUACCCUAUACUAGAGUAAACUCCCCAAAUUCCCCCUAUCCUAGAGUAGCUGUUUUCCAGAAACUACUGAGGUCACUAGCACAGUCUAGCCAAAACAAAACCUUAUACCACAAUCCCUAGUCUAGAUAAAAUCUUCAACCAACUGAUCAGUUUCCUGAAAAAUGAUACCCUAUUCUAGACCCAAAUGCUCUGAUUUAUAUACCCUAUCCUAGAGUAAACUGCUUGAAAAUCAUACCCUUCACAGCGGCACAUACCUAUAUAGCCCAUAUAUGGCAGUACCCCCCCCCCCCUCCCCGGAUGUGGGGGUCUUCUACUAUAAAAGUGCUCCAUAGUCUGGAGAAAGUUCCAGGCAAGUCAUCCUCUUACAAUAAUCAUUAACUAAGACAAGCAAGAAGAGCCACCCUUAGAAAACAUGACAAAAUAAUAACUUGAAAAAGUCUAUGAUAUGAAUAACUUCUUUUUACAGCUGACAACAAAAUGGUUUGGUCACGUUAUGAUUAUGUAAACCCCAGUGAUUAGACCCUCUUUCAAAAUCACUGUGAUUUUAAUGCUUCUUCUGUUGUAUUCUAUAUGCAGACAUAUAGCAUACCAAGUAGUCCCCCUCCGAAUUCUUCUCACCAGAGAAGCUUAUCAGCUAGUGACAGUCAAGAUGAAUCAGAAGAGAAACUUAGCAAAACUAAUCUAUACAUCAGAGGACUUCCACCAGCGACCACUGACGAGGAUUUAAAUAAUUUAUGUAGUAGGUUAGUGAGAGAUUUACCGUUUACAUCUAAUGUAUGUGUACUGCACAAUGUUAUACCUGCCAACACUGGCAGAAACUAUUAUUGUUGAGGUGCAGGUCUCACUCCUGUGCUUAAAAACUGUGAUUUAAUGCCUGCUCUGUUGACUGGAGAUUUAAAUACAAAGGUACAGAGGUGUAAAUUCUUAUCGCUAAUGCUGCUGGAUUUCUGUGACUGCCUCUUUGAACAUUGAUCAGCUCAGCUGCAUAUUUUGUAAUUUCUUCACCGAAUGUAAGCAGACUGCUUUGAACCAUACACUUAUUUAGAAGUGACCAAAGACGAAUGAGAUUUUAGUAAAAUGUUGAAAAAGAAAUGGUACUGGAAACUGGGAGUGAAGGUUUCAUCUAACUGGGUAUAACUGCCCCCACCCUCUCCCCUCCUUCCCUCCUUAAAAAAAUCUGUUUUAGUCAUAAACACUUAAGCUAUAUAGAAGGUUUUUCAGACCUUGCAUGCAUGGUCAUAGUCCAUGACCAAGGCAGCAGCAGCAGAAGAUCAUUAUGAAAAACUUAAUUUACUUAUCCUUUGUUAAAACUGUGGGAAAUUCACCACUGAAUCUAUACUUUGUACAUGAAUACUCAUUCACUGUAUUACCCACUCAAAUCUUCAACCAGCUCGAUUGGUAUUUGAAGAUUUUAUUAAAAUAAGAAAUAAUUGGUUAGCCAUAAUAUUAUUCUCUGUCCCCACUGAACUAGUAGGCGGCCAGUCCAGGGAUAUUUUAUUAAAAAAUGCCAUCUGUAAAGAAACGCCAAGCAGAGUAGCUGGCUGAUACUAACCAAGUAGACAGCGAUUUUCACCAGCAGCCGGCUACUUUUGUCAACCCUGCACAAGGGAUCGUUGGAUCCUUUCUAAGACAAUACAAAAAGGACAUAACUCAAAAAAAACUUUUUAGGACUUUUGCACAUUAGUAAUAUAUUGUUUGAUGGCAAAAAUAAUCAUGACAUGAAUGCCUGAUGCCAUGUUUCCAGGAAAUAUCUAAUACUCCUCAAACACCCUCACCCUCCCCCCACAAGACCCUGUAGUGAGGUCACUCAAAAGACAAAGCCAAAGUCUAACAAGCAAAUGCGAAGUGAGGAGUUGACAAAAGUUUGAUGGGAAUAACACUUGUAAAUAAUUACUAAAUGGCACAAGGUUAGGAAUAGUGAUCCAGACUUUUUUUUUUGGCACUGACUGUGAAGCUGUUUUAGUUUGUCUUGGCUGGUGGGUGGUUUGACACCCAACACCUUCCAUAGGGGAGGCAUGAAGAACUUUUAUAGACCAAAACUAAUGCAUUUGUCAACACUCUUUGCUCCACAGAUAUGGAAAUAUUAUUUCAACAAAGGCUAUUCUAGAUAAAAAUACAAAUAAAUGUAAAGGUAAACCAUUUCUUCUUGCUUUUGUAAUGUAUGCCUGUGGUAUGAGGGUAAUUAAUGUACCAUCGUCAAUUCUCUGUUCACAGACAUAAUUUUUUAUAAAGAUGGACACUUCUCUAAAGUGGACCACAUGACUUGUGUCAGAAGCUCAUAACCCGGAGCAAGCAUCUUCCAUGUGUUCGUGUGACAGCGUUUUUCAUGGACCAGUUUUAAAUUCCACAAACCAGUCAGCAAAACCUACAGACCUAAAGAUGAUAUUUUUUGACAAUAAGAUUUAGUUUUCCUUUUUGAUAUCUUAUACUUCGAAUGCACUCAUAGACAUGGUGGAGAUUCUAUUUUCACGGCAAAAAGUGCCCUAAAAUGUGUCUAAAAAUAAACUGUAACAUAGGUCUAGUGUGGGAGUUGCUCACUUCAAGUUAUGGGCUCCUGCUUGUGUAGAGCUUUCAAGAGAGAGGGAAAGUUUUAGACAUUCAAACAAAAUAUUAAAACUCUAAAUCUGAUCAGUUAGAAGGGUUUUCUUAAUAUGUGACAUGUCUGUGGCAGAGCGAGGAAACAAAUUCAAAAAGUAUUAAGAAGGAAUCCAUCAGGAAAUUGAGUAAUUUUAAUUUUCAGUGGACAAAAACCUUGUACCAGAAUAAUUUAAACAAUAUCACAUUGUUUUACAUUUUCCAAGGGCUAUAGAUGUGAUUAGUUAGCUGUAACAACACCAAUGGAAAUUUCUUAUGACAUCUUACACAUGAAAUUUUCAGAAUUUUACCUGUGUUUUCACAAUUCUUGUGAAAUUUGACAUUCAUUUUCUCGGGCUCCCAUAAGAAAUAGUCUUUAGUGUUAUUACAGAUAACUAAUUAUAUCUAUAGCCCUUGAAAAAUGGAAAAAUGAAUGUGAUAUCGUUUAAAUUUUUCUGGUAUGAGAUUUUUGUUCACUGAAAAUUGAAAUUAGUCAAUUUCCUGAUGGAUUCUGUAUUAAACCCCUGUCAUUCUUCAGUCACUUUCUUUGCUCUAUAAAACAGGCCCAUCUAAUACAACAGAUACAUGUAUUUAUCUAAUACUUAGUAGAGCCACUCUCAAGAGUAACUGUUCUAGUUGGCCCUUUAAGGGGGUGGGGGUAAGGGGGGUAUGUAUAUCUCUAGUCUGAAUUUCAAAUACAGUCUUUUGUGGAGUAGGCCAUGUCUCGCCCUGUCAGUAUUUAGCCCAUCUUGUCUGGUCGUUUGUCACCAUUCCCUCUUGUCUUGUGUCGUUAUUUCAAAGGCAUGUUGCUUGUCGGAAUUCUACCCUAACAGGACCUGUAGUUAGAGUUGACUGUAUUCAUUAGUGGUUAUUAAUAUCAGUGACCUUGAAAAUCAUUGGUGAUCAGUCAUUGUAUUGAAGGUUAAUACAUGGUUUGUUAUUUCAAACAGGAUAUGGCUUUGUGGAUUUUGAGUCCCCAGCUGUGGCCCAAAAGGCAGUGACAGCUUUAAAAAGCAAAGGAAUUCAAGCACAGAUGGCAAAGGUAUUCAGGGCUUUGUGUUCUCUUAACUUCCUGUUUCUUUAAUAUAUUAAUAAUCUUUCACUCCCAUUUGAAUUCUUGACCAACUCCACCCCUACCCAAAAAAAUGUACUAAGAAAUGGUACUGAGCUAAAUAAUGUCAAUGGUCACUCAAAGUGGAACAAAAUUCAUAGAACCUGGUUAGUGGCUUAGCUUUCAUGAGUCUCCUGUAUUAGCAUGUGGAUUAGUAACCGGAAUGAAGGUCACAGAAUUAACUCCUGUUGGGAGUAUUCGAAUUUUUCCUUCCGAGCUGCAUGUGUUAAUGACCAAACAAAAACAUCCUUCUCAAAUCAUUAUAAUAUAAAGCAACAUUUUUUCAGAUUUCUCCGCAGGCUAAAAGCUAUUAAUUGAAGCUACAAAAUAAUUAAUGUAAAUGCACACAUAAUAAGUUAUCAGAAUUGAUUGACUGCGGGUCAGUCUCGGUCAAAGUAAAACUUGCUCAAUAGUAUAAGUCUUUCAUCAUUUCCUUAUCCUUAACAACAGUCACACUGUGAUAAUUCACCCACACAUCUUACAUACACGCCGCAUUUGUUUAACAAAGUAUAUUGUUUGGCUGCACAUGUUGACAAUCUGUUAUUAAUUUUAUUAAUGUUGAGUUAACUUAAUUAACCUUGACAUGCCUGUGAAAAGAACUCAAGCAAUGAUACACUUUAUUUACUACACUUAAUGCAACCCUCAGAACCUUGUGAUUCAAUUUUGCAAAAUCGUCCUCUGGGGAAAGUGGAGUAGAUAAAUCAAUGUCAGAACUCGGAGCCUUGCUAUUUUUAGAAGUAUUACCACAACAAAGGAAGCUACUCAUUGUCUUUCACUUGAAUGGUCAAACCACAGGGUUAAUUAACAACACUGAAAGUGGGACCACCAACCCUUUUUCUAAAAAUAACACAUUUCCUUUAGAGGACCUGACUGUACUGCUCUCUUUGAACACCUGGUAGUAUCAACUCACAUUCUAAACACCUCUCUCCAGUCUUCACAGCACAACUGGAGAAAAAUUUGCUUAUUGGGCAGUGAUGUUAAUGUUGGGUAGUCUCUACCAACAAAAACAUUGGGCAUCUGCUCAAGUGCAAAAAUUGGGCUGUUUUUACCAGUUUUUACAACAAGAGGCUGUAGAUAACAUUUUCUCAGGGUUAUUAACUUUUAAAGAAGUUAACUUCAACCCAUGUUGAGGAGAAUUGCAAUAAGUAAGAAGCAACAUAAAAAUAACAAUAAUACUAACAAUACGUCAUUCACACUAAGUUACCUUUUGGGUAGGUUUUUGUAUUGGAAUAGUUUUGUUUCUAACAAAGAGAAUAAGUUAAAAAGAAUGCCUUUUUGGAACCAUAUAGAAUUGCUCUAUUGGUAUUUACAUCUAAUUUUGAUAACCACUUAUUACCAAAAGGUGCAAUUAUGUGUUAUGAGCAGAUGGCGCCUGUAUUAACUUUAACUUUGUGCAUUAUUUGUCUCUCCUCAGCAACAAGAGCAAGACCCUACCAAUUUAUAUUUUCUUUACCUGCCAAGGGAUUUUGAUGAAGCGGUAAGUUCAACUGGAUUAGUUACCUGGGAUUGCACAAUUUUAAAAUGUGAUUUGUAAAGUACUGCUUGCACUGUGUCAACUACAGAGCUUUCAAAGAAUUUGAGUUUCAGAUCUGGAAACACCACAACACUUACAAGAAAGUAGAAAUUGAUUAAUUAGUCCUUAAACCUGAAUUGUUUGGGGGGUUAUUAAUAUCAUCAUCAUUAUCAUCAUCAUCAGUAGUAGUAGUAGUGGUAGUAGUUGUGCUCCUUGUGGUCGUCGUCAUCAAUCAUCGGGGGGGGGGAGGGAGCAGGGCAGAGGGUGAAGGUCCUAGUUUUUUAAAUGUCUUUCAUUGGCAAUGUCACCAAUAGGUUAGGUUGUAGUUAUUUUAAUUACUAAUGUUCUUACACUGAACAGAAAUUAGAGGCCAUGUUAAGAAGAUACGGCAAAGUCAUAUCAACUAGAAUAUUAAGAGAUACAGAUCAUGAGAGUAGAGGGGUAGGAUUUGCAAGGUGAGUAUUAUUGUAGUAGUUUUAGUAAACAUGACACCUCGAAAAAAUUAACCACUGAAGAAAUUUGAUAGCUGAAGUCAGACUUGCAUCCAGCACAUGAAAGAAACGUCUCUGUUUGUAGUACUGCGUGGAUAUUUUUGCUUUCUGUUUUUCCACACAAUUAUUAUUUUCUUUGAAUUUGUUGAUUAUCAAAUUUAAUUACAGUGAAACCUGUGUUAAGCGGACACCAUAUGAAGCGGACACCCUCUAUUAAGCGGACAGUAGCCGAAGUCCCCAAAUUCAAUUCCGUUAUUGAAACCUUUAUUAAGCGGACACCUCUAUUAAGCGGACGCAGACACCUAAAAAGUACCUGAAAAUGGUCAUUUCUAUUGUUUCCGACCUGUAUUAAAUGGACACUUGUAAUUAAAUUCCACCACCCAACAUGCCAGACACCGGAAAUGCGAAAGACUGCCACCCACAAAUUUUCAUUUUUUACCUUAAAAAACGUGACUUAACAAACUUUUUUGAAUAGUUUCACAGUACAGUUACGUUUUCUAUUUUGUUUUGUUUGAAUAGAGCUUGUUUCACUCUUCCAAUUUCUUCAAAUUUGAGUUGCAAUCUAUGUUUAUGGUACUUUGAUCAACUGGUCCACUUAAAUAAAGAAAUUAAUGUAAACUAAAAUCGUCAUAGUCUCUGGGAGUAUUCUAAACGUUUCCACUGUUCAUUUGAAUGGCAUUUGACACCUCAUAUGACGUUAUCUAUUGAAACCUGUAUUAGGCGGACACCCUGUAUUAAGCAGACACUACAGCAUUCCCCAAGGGUGUCCACUUAAUACAGGUUUCACUGUAAUAUGAGUGCAUGAUACACCAGUGUAGUUCUUCACAUACUAAUACAUCAAGUUCCUGUUCUCUGUGAACCAUAAAAGUUUAAUCUUAAAAGGUCCCACUGCACAGUGUUUUGUACUGGUUUUAUCAAGAUUAUUAAUUUAUUAUUUGUAUUUAACUACUGCUAAUAUAACUGAUCAUUUUAAUUUUAAGAAUGGAAAAUACACAGAUUUGUGAACAAAUUAUUAAAGACUUUAAUGGAAAAAAGAUUCAAGGUAAGAUUUUUUCCUUUGAAAGUUACAAAUAUGUAGACCUAUUUAAAAAGCCAACAAGAAAUGGCAAUCUCGGCAAAUAGCCUCUUGAAAGAGUGGAUGUAGUUUCACCCUUUGUUACUUAUCUAUGAGUUUUCAUAGUUCAAAAGAGAUAGAGACAGUUUGAAAUACCAACAUGGCAUUGCACAAACAUUAGUCAAUGUUCACACCUAACCACAAAGUGUAUCCAGGGCUUGAAGUUAAUUGUUUAGUGCACUUGCAAAAUUUUGCUGGUAAGAUUUUUUUCCAGUAGCAAACUGGUGAGACCACUAGCAAAUUCUUUCCCUUUGUUUAGGAGACAUGGAUGAUUCUAACUUGCAAAAGUUUGCUAGUGGAUAUUUUUCUCAUGCUCAGAUUAUCAAAAUCACUCGCAUUUUGCAAGUUUGCGAGGUUUAUUUUUGAGCCCUGGUAUCCCACAUGUAAUAGUUAAUUUGGAAUAAAUGUCAUUUUAUUGUCCCAUUGCAGGAAGUAUUGAAUCACUUGUAGUGAAGUUUGCCGAUGGAGGUCCCAAGAAGAGACAGCAAUCUCAGCAAAACCAUGGUAUAACUAUAAGUAUUUACUAAUACCCAACAAUAUUAUUCUCAAACGUGAUGUGUCUAAAGGCAAAUUACUUGCUAAUGUUUACUGAGCCUGAGGAAUGACCUAUUGUUUUAGUUUAAGAAAUGAUGUAGUUUUAGGGACUAUUUACACGAUACCAGAAUGAAUUUCCAGCUCCAUUUAUUUCUCUGUAUUUGUUGACAUGAUACUGAAAUGACAUUCGUUCUCAUACAAGUCAUUCUGCAAUGAGUUCAUGCUGGUUGUCAAUCCAAAUGAAAUUCUUGAUCUGGUAUGAAAUUUCAUUCCGUUUUCAAUGUAAGCUGAAACAAACUUUGUUCCAGUUUGAAAAUCACAAAUCAUUUAGUCUGGUGCAAGUUGCACAUGCAUAUCUGAUCUGGCAUGAAAACCAUGUGAGCGAGAAUUCCUUAAGCUGAGCCGGUCAAUUUUAUCAUGUGAAUGCUGUAUGAACUUUACUCCACAACAAAACUCAUUCUGGAAUGAACGUCAGUCAAGUAUCAUAUAAACAUCCCCUUGGAGCUAAUUUUGACACCUUGGUUUAGCUUCACUUACAUGUAGGUGCUAGUCUACUGCUAAUCAGCUCUUUUCCAUGAACGUUAGUUGACUAAUGACUUUAUUUUUCUGUUGUAAUGUUAUUUUUAUCUAAGUUGCAAUUGUUAUGAAUUUUGAUGUAAUAUUCUUCCUUGUUUUCUUUGUACUAAGAUGCGUGUCUUAUUAAAUCUUUAUUCCUAUUAUUUUUAGCUGACAGUUCUUGGCCCAUUAGCAGACAAGAGGUGAGUUUUCCCUUUAGAUCAUAGCAAAACACCCCAGCAAACUGAAAGGUUUCUUGUCCAUAACCCAAUGUUGGAAGCUCAGAGCCAACAAAAUGUACUUCAACAAUAUAAUUUUGUUGCAUUAAAAAAUAUAUCCUUUCAUCUUUGAUUUGAUUUUUUUCUAGGGAGUACCACUUCUGGGAUAUGGAGAUGCACUUGUCAUGCAAAAUGGGUCAGUACUUACAGUGAUUAAAGUGAAACUGUGUCACCUCUGUUAUAAGAAUUGUCCUCUGAGAGGAAUGACAUGUGCUUACUGGUAAUCAUUUGUAAACCGAGUAACAUUGUCCAUGUAAAAUAUUGUUUGUAAUAUUAACAAUAAAAUUGACAAUGAAUACUAUGAAUGCUUUUUGAACCUAUCAAAACAAGGUGGCGGGGCAGUUUGUGAGGUCUUGGUUGAGGUGGUCUUACUUAACAACUUACAUAUGGACUUACACACUCUAUGUCAUAGUGCUUUAACUUGCUAUAAACCGGUAAGUACAAAAACCAUAGAUCUAAAGCCAUUCCCACCCUCAAAUACUUUAGCAUGUAAUGAAAUUCAUCACAUAAACCACUUCAGCAGUAUUUUCACUGGCAUGGUAUUAUCAUACCCAUGUAGAAAAUAUAACAGUAACUUUUGAGUCCACUGAUAGUAUCUUAUCACAUGGCCAUUCAAACACACAAUCUUCUCGGCUGUACUUUCACAUGAACCUAGUUGUAUUCAAUUACCAGUAUUUUACAAAUGGAAUGGAAUUUUUUCACUUUUUGUUAGACUGUACGCAUUAAGUUGUCCUGCACAUAACAAUUUUGUAAGCAGUAGCACUACAGUUUGGGUUCGAACCAAACCAGUACCAAAGUCCUCACGGCUAGGCCACGUGUAUGCAUUUUACAGUGACACAACAAGAUUAAUGUCACAAAAUUGAACUUGCCUUAUGUCAACGUUGCCAAAUAUAAAUUCCUUGAUAUUUUUUCAGGUCCCCAGUUAACAACUCAGCAAGGGUCACACAUGCCACAGUUCUUCAAGGACAAGUGAGUGCCUCUGCAGUAACAAUAAUGUCUACCCUUCCCGUGUUUAAUUAUGUUGCAGUUAAUUUUUUAUUUCAGUUAGUUUUUAUUUUUCCUUUGUUUUAAAUUUAUUAGCAUACAUUACCAUACCCAAAAACAAUGGAAAAAUAACAAUUAAUCGAAAGAAAAAAAUUAACUACAACUUUAUUUUAUACUAUUCUUGUGCACGUGUCUCACCAUUACUCUACUGCUGUGAUUUUUUUUAGGGUGGAGCAUUUGUACAAACAAACAUUCCUUUAGCCUACCAGCUUGCGGCAGCAGGAGGCGGCAACUGGCUUGCAGCGCAUCAACCGUACAUUCAUAUGCAACAUCAAUUACAACCUGUAAGUCCUAGGUACAAAUUCUAAAAUGAGAGCCGCAGAUGGCCUGCAACUGCAUGUCGCCUCAGUGCAGUGAAGCCAACUGUUGGAGAUCUCUUACAUGAGUUUAUUUGUUUGUUUUCAAUUCCUAUGAAAACAAUUAUUAACUAGUGAGAAUUUAAUUUGAUUUUUCGCUUAAUCUUGGGCUUGGUAAUGUAUGAUAAUCAGUUUGAAACAAUGACUGAAGUACAUAUGUAAAAUUGAACCCAAAAAUAUAACUGAACCACAACAUGCCCCCUGACCCCAACACCAGUAAUGUACCUGAGCUGCUCGUAAGGUGUUUCCUCAUUGUUCGCAGAAAGCAAUAACACAACAUUCUAUAUCAUUAUUUCCCAUUGUUUCACGGUUAUGGUACCAAACCAAUUGGCUUUUAGGGUUAGGAGAGCUACUACAUGACCCCCCCAAGACACUGACAUUUUUAACUCACCUAUUAUUUCUUCCUUUCUGUUGUACCCAGAGUCAACUAGCAGCAACAGCAGUAACACCUUCCAAUCUUGAGCACAAUGUUGGCCCUAUGCAGCAGAGCUCAGUCCAGCAUUUAACCAAUCAGAUGAACCAGUUACAAAUGUCAGGCUCGCAGUACAUCACUAGUCCUGUUCAUAGUACGUUCUCACAAGCGUCAUGGCAAAUGAUGCAUCAACACGGGCAACAUGCACAUCCACAUUACAUGACAGCUGAGGUGAGGAAGAAAAAAAUUGCAAAGAACUGAAUGAGUAUGUAAAUUCAACUUUUAAGUUUCUCAUUCAGAAUUAUAUAGCUAUGAAAGAUAAGCAAUAGAAACAAAUUAGGUUUCCACUGUCAGUGGUCAUUUUUAAGAGAACUUGAACUUUAAAAUAACCAUCGUACAAGCAAAAUAUUGUUCAUUUCUAUUGUUUAUCUGGGCAAUAAAAUCGCUUUCUGAUAACUUUUUUGAUUCAUUGCCAAAUUUGAAUAUUUCUUUUGAUUCUCUUGCCCUAACAGCAGAGAUCGUGUGACCUCACAGUCUUGUAAUCUCAGAAUAGAGUCAAUCAACAAGUGGGGGGACAUGGGGAUCCAAACCUCCCACUUCUCAUUCCUUCCAUUCCUGGCUCCCACCCUUUUCUCUUGGCUUCAUCCUUUUAGCCCUUUUUCAAUUAAUGCAAAAUAUUAAGCAUCAUUGCAUAAUUCCACCCUAUUUCUCCUGCUUCCCAUUUUCUCAGACCUCCCAUUUCUGCUCCCCCCACCUUUUCCAUUCCUUUCCCAUUCUCUAUUCUCCUGGUUUCCCAGCCCCUGUCCUCCCUCACCAACAAGGACUGACAAUAACCACUGCAACAUUAUGAUUUCAGGAGCACUCAAUGAUUGGAGAGGAGAUCCCAUGGGACCUUCCAUGUCACUACAAGCUCCUCCUGCCUCCAUACCCCUUUCAUCCCCUAUUCCAUAUAUACCAGUUCUCCUGUACGGGUCACCAAAUCUCCCGCAUAAAAUCGGCUUUUGAGUAUUUCUGUGUUAUAGUUUGAAGUUUAGCCCAUUUUUUUCGAAAAUAGUAUGGUUUCUUGGGCAUUUUUGCAUGUAUUAAGUCACUGACAAAGACUAUUAUUUUCGUCAUUACAAUGAUGAAUGCAAAUUUUGAUGGUAUGUAAUUCAUGUAAGUCUUCACAUAAUGUCCUCAGCAAUUCGGGGGGGGGGGUGAGUCGUUCGUUAACAUUCGGGGGGGGGGGUAGUGCAAGAGAUCGAGUCUCCAGAUUUUAGAUCUCCAGAGCUGAGGUUGUCAUCUCUGCUAUUCUCCCAGUCUCCCAGCACCUGUCCUCACUGACAAUACUACUGCUAAACUAUGAUUUCAGGAGCAUUCAUUGGUAGGAGAAGGAGAUCCUCUUGGACCUCCCAUGUCACCACAAGCUGCUGGCCUGCCACAGCAUUUGGCAGAUCACACUCAAACUUUAGAAGAUCACAGAAUGGGGAGUUAUACAUCACCUUACCAAAGGUAA